AUGUCGCAAGUUGUUGGUGUACCCAUUGUUUCCAAAGUCAGUCGUGACAUUAUCACUAAACAAUUGCAAUAUGUGAUGCUGCCAGCUGCAUUUCGCGAAAAGUGUGGUUACAAAGCUCAAAUGACUUUUGAUGCUGUAUCGUCGUCGUUCAAGUGCGCGAUCUGUGGAGCUUACGAAGUCGUUGCAAAGAAUGGACGAGGAUUCAUUGUGAGACGUCCUGGCAUAGGCAAGUCUGUGUCUACGCUGAGUCUUGUGGCUUUUUAA